UCCUUCAAUGCUUUAAUGGCCGCCUUUGCUGGCAUGUAAAUUGUUUGAAUUAUUCUCUGUAAAUUGCGUGGACAUCUAGACUGUAUUAUAAAAGUCGCGUAUCUUCGGAAAGUUGUAGGACUUGAUGUGGGCCCGUUGGAUGUGAGAAAAAAAUGCAGAAUGUAGUUCAUGGAAAUGCGUGCGAUGCCGUGAGAGAGGAACCACAGGAGGUUAGUAAAGGACGUACAGGAACUAGCGAUAAUUUCGAGACGGGCCAGAGGCAGAGCUUGAAUUCCCUGCAUUCCAAUUUUAUGGCAGAUUUAACCGAGAGUGACGACGACGAGGCAUCCGAGGCCGAGUCAUUCAUCUUGGACCCAGAAGAGCUGGAAGAAGAGCGCGUGCUGGACACGUCCAAAUUCCUACUGAGCUCAUCGGAAGGUGGUGGAGGUGAGAGCCCCGACCUGCAGGUGGGCAGCGUCGACCCCGAUACCCAAGCACGCCUUGAGGCGCUGCUUGAAGCCACAGGGCUGAGCAAGCUGUCCCUCGAGGGCAAACAGUUUGCAGACCCGGAGGUUCUUCGGCGGCUGACAACCUCGGUGAGCUGUGCUCUGGAUGAGGCGGCGGCUGCGCUCACGCGCAUGCGGGCCGAGCACGGCGGGGCCACACCCCAUCAGCAACAGCAGCAGCAGCAGCAGCCACUGCAACCACAGCAACAAGCGCAGCAGCAACCGCAGCAGCAGCAGCAAGGAUCAACUGGAGGAGCACCUGCAGCGGCAGUCAACAGCAGCCGGACCCUGGCGGAAGCGUGUAGCGAAGGGGACGUACGUGCCGUGCGUCAGCUGCUCGACGAGGGCCGCAACGUCAACGAGGUCACCGAAGAGGGGGAGAGCCUGCUCUCUCUCGCUUGCGCCUCGGGAUACUGCGAGCUGGCACAGUUGCUGCUGGCGAUGCGUGCCAACGUGGAGGACCGAGGCCUCAAGGAUAUGACCCCGCUGAUGGAGGCGGCCACUGCGGGCCACACUGACAUCGUCAAGCUGCUUAUAGAGCAUGGAGCCGAUGUCAAUGCGCAAACAGCACAGGGGCACACGCCGCUGAUGUUUGCCUGCCUGGGGGGCCAUGAGGCUGCGGCUCGAGCCCUGGUGGAGGCGGGCGCAAACCUUGAGGAGCACAAUGAGAACGGCCACACACCCCUCAUGGAGGCUGCCUCUGCCGGGCACGUGUCGACUGCCCGUGUCCUUGUGGCUGCUGGCGCCUCCAUAAACACCCACUCCAAUGAGUUCAAGGAGUCUGCGCUCACACUCGCCUGCUACAAGGGGCACCUUGAAAUGGUACGGUUCCUUCUUGAAGCGGGCGCUGAUCAGGAGCACAAGACGGAUGAGAUGCACACUGCCCUCAUGGAGGCCUCCAUGGAUGGACAUGUCGAGGUGGCUCGGUUGCUGUUGGACUCGGGUGCUCAGGUGAACAUGCCGACCGACAGCUUUGAGUCACCAUUGACAUUGGCAGCCUGCGGGGGCCAUGUUGAGCUGGCCAUGCUACUCUUGGAGCGAGGUGCCAAUAUUGAGGAAGUGAAUGACGAGGGCUACACACCGCUUAUGGAAGCUGCGCGCGAGGGCCAUGAAGAAAUGGUGGCCCUGCUUCUCUCUCAAGGUGCCGACAUCAAUGCCCAGACGGAAGAGACGCAGGAGACUGCUCUCACACUGGCCUGCUGUGGGGGCUUUCUGGAAGUUGCCGACUUCCUGCUCAAGGCAGGCGCCCAGUUGGAGCUGGGCGCCAGCACUCCGCUCAUGGAGGCUGCCCAGGAAGGGCACCUAGAGCUGCUUCGGUACCUCAUCAAUGCUGGGGCAUGUGUAAAUGCUAAGACUGCCACGGGAGACACUGCUUUGACGUAUGCCUGCGAAAAUGGCCACACGGAUGUCGCUGACCUGCUGCUCCAAGCUAAUGCUGACUUGCAAUGCUGCCAUCACCCGCAGGAGCACGAGUCUGAGGGCGGCCGGACACCACUGAUGAAGGCAUGCCGUGCUGGCCAUCUGUGCACGGUGCAGUUCUUGCUCAACCGUGGUGCAGACCCCAAUCGGCCUACCAGCAGCAACGACCACACACCCCUGUCACUGGCCUGUGCGGGCGGCCACCUGUCAGUGGUGGAGCUGCUGCUCGCUCAUGGAGCAGACCCCAGCCACAGGCUCAAGGACAACUCCACCAUGCUCAUCGAGGCCUCCAAGGGAGGGCAUACGGCGGUCGUGCAGCUCCUGCUGGAUUACCCUAACCUCGGCACGGCUGCGGCAGCGGCUGCUGCAGCAGCUGCAGCGGCGGCUGCAGCCGUGACGUCAACGGCUUCGGCAACCACAGCAGCAGCCCCUUCCCCCGCCGUUGAGGUUGUCCCCAUGACUGAAGAGCAGAGAGUGGCUGCACUAGCUGCGGCAGUUGCUGCUGGGCACCCCUACCUUCCUCAAGUGGCUGGUGCGCCUCGAGUGGCAUCGUCCUCCUCUUCCGUGACUGCCAUCCCCUCGGCUGAUCCGUCGUGGCCCAGCGGCAGCGCCCCUUCGACGAGUGGCAAGCGCAAGGCGAGUGGGGAGUCGCCUUCCUCGUCCAGCCAUCCGCCCUUAAUGUCCUGUGGUGGGGGCACUGUGGUGUCGAGGGGUGGGGCAGACCAGUUGACGAAGCCAAGCCAGGGACAGCCAGGCCUCCGGCCAAGUGAACGGUUGGAGGCCUGCAUCAGCAGCAUGAUGCGAUCGGCUGAGCUCAACCACCCCAGCCGGGAGGAGCAGAUAAUGCAGAAGCAGCAGAUCCUCGAAGAGUUGCAGAGGGUGGAACGUGAGCUGCAGGGUUCCGAGGACAUGAUGCCCAACGAAGAUGGCGCCCCUGCAUGUGCUUGCCAGGCGCACACCGCAUUCAGCUGGCAGCAGGCAGAGGAAAAGGCUCAUGCCCAGAUCGUGCUGUCUGCCCAACACCACCAGCACCUGGCUGCGGCUGCAUCGACGGAGGAUGUGGUGGAAGAGCUGAACCUGCGCAAUGCUGCCCUCUCCUCCUCUUCAGCGGUCGCACCCCCUUCCUCGACCGGUGCAGAGAUCACUGCCCUGCCCUCCUCCUCAUCCGCUACAGCGCCUACACUACUACCUGCUGCUGCCAAGAGGCAUCUUGACAAGGCCAAGGCAAGUGGUGGCAAGCAGCAGUUACCUCUGGCUGCCGCUGCGGGGGCCGUCCCGUGUGCCAAGGAUGCCUGCAGUGGUAUGGUGUGUGCGGCAGCAGCAGGAGCAGCGGCAGCCGUGGCGAGCAGCUGUGGUGGGGCCUCCCUUCUGGGUUCUUUUGGGGCAGCACCCCCACAGGCUGAGGGACUAAUGGUGGCCGCUCCUGCACGCACGCUACACGAGGCCUUGGGCGAGAUUGUCACUGGGCCCACAGUAGUGAGCACACCAUGUGGCGGCGGAAGUGGUGCCCAGGUGUCGAUAACGGCUCAGCAGGCGGUGACAGUGUGCCCUGACCACCAUCACCACCACCACCAUCACCACCACCAUGGGGCUGCAGCUCACCCAGUGGCAUCCACCUUGGGCCAGCAGCCACCUACCUUGGCCUUCCACCCGGCUGCCUUCCCCAUCCAUGCACAGGUGGACCUCAACUGGCAGACGGAGAGCAACCAUGACACGGCUCUGACGCUGGCGUGUGCGGGCGGCCACGAGGAGCUGGUGAGCCUGCUGUUGAACCGGGGAGCCCACUUGGAGCACCGUGACAAGAAGGGCUUCACACCACUCAUGCUGGCUGCCACGGCAGGCCAUGCCGGUGUGGUCGACAUCCUUCUCUCGCAUGGUGCUGACCUGGAGGCCCAGUCAGAGCGCACCAAGGACACCGCGCUCUCGCUCGCCUGCUCAGGGGGACGCUACGAGGUGGUGGAGAUUCUGCUGGCUCGUGGUGCCAACAAGGAGCAUCGCAACGUGUCCGACUACACACCACUGAGCCUGGCCGCAUCUGGAGGCUACGUGAACAUCAUAAAGCUCCUCCUGCAGCAUGGUGCCGAGAUCAACUCUCGUACGGGCAGCAAGCUAGGCAUCUCGCCUCUCAUGCUGGCCGCCAUGAAUGGUCAUGUGGCUGCGGUGCGUCUCCUAUUAGACAACGGCAGUGACAUCAAUGCACAGAUUGAGACCAACAAGAACACAGCCCUGACCCUGGCAUGUUUCCAAGGUCGCCAGGAGGUGGUGGCACUGCUGGUGGACCGUAAGGCUAACGUGGAGCACCGUGCCAAGACUGGGCUGACACCCCUGAUGGAGGCUGCAUCGGGUGGCUAUGUGGAAGUGGGUCGGGUGUUGCUGGACAAAGGGGCAGAUGUGAAUGCGCCCCCUGUGCCUUCAUCGCGGGACACAGCUCUCACUAUUGCCGCUGACAAGGGCCAUUACGCCUUUGUUGAACUCCUUAUCAAGCGUGGUGCUACCAUUGACGUCAAGAACAAGAAAGGCAGCUCACCCCUGUGGCUUGCCUGCAAUGGUGGCUACCUGGAUGUGGUGCAGCUACUGGUGGCGUCGCGGGCCGACAUAGACAGCAUGGACAACCGGCGGGUGUCGUGCCUGAUGGCGGCCUUUAGGCGAGGUCACGUGAAGGCGGCCAAGUGGCUGGUGAAGCAGGUCGCCCAGUUCCCCUCGGAUCAGGAAAUGGCCCGCUUCAUGGCUACUCUGGGGCCGGAUUCACGGGACCUCCUUCGCAAAUGUCAUCAGUGCACGGAGGUGAUCCAUGCUGCCAAGGAACGUCAGGCAGCUGAAGCCAACAAGUGUGCCUCCUCCCUCCUUGAAGAGCUCGAUCUCGAGCGCUCGCGGGAGGAAAGCCGCCGAGCUGCGGCCGCCCGCCGCCGAGAGCGGAAACGCCGCAAGAAGAAAGAGAAACAAGAGCAGAUGCGGCUAGCCAAGCUUGAAGCGGAGGGCGGGGACAAGGCGGCUAUGGCAAGUGCAAACAACGGGAAGGACUCUGACAAGGACUCCAAGAGUGAAGGAGACAAGCCUCCAACGAGCUCCCAGUCUGAGGAGGAGGACGAUGACGACGAGGAGGAAGAGGAAGAGGACAACCGGACUUCUGCUCCCAGUAGCGUAAGCAGGGCGGCAGAGCUGGACGAGCGGCUACCUAAUCCUGGAGGUGGUGGAGGGAACCCUCUGGCUGCCGCCACCUCUGGUCUCUCCGACCGUGGCGGUGGGCCACCCAAUGCACCUGGCCGACCCAAGGCCAAUGGAGCAGCAGUGUCUUCCUCUUCCACACCUAGCAAGGUUCGCUUAAAAGAUGAUGACGUACUACCCAGCGCAGCCCACGAGUCAUCGAAUAGCCCUUCGUCCUCUCCCCCCAAGACCACGGCCUCUUCGUCUGUGGCUGUGGAGGGCAGUAGCAAGAAUUCGCGGAAGAAAAAACAGGCAGCAGCCUCAUCCACCACGGAGCGCCCUUCAGAGUCUACACCACCCCGGUUGAACCAUGCCGCAUCUCCUGCGCCUGCGGCACUCAGUAAAAGUAGCAGCAGCGGUGGCAACAAGCAGGCAAAGGCUGCCCAGACAAGCCAAGCUAUUUUGCAGCAGCCAGCAUCUUCAUUGACUCGAUCACCUCUCGGGUUGGGGCCACCUUCAAUGAUCCAAGGACACCGCCAGGUUGCUUUGACUGGCAAGCAGCGAAGUGGCGAGUUGAUGGUGAACGGUCUUGCCGAUGGUGAGGACUUUUCGACCGUGGUGAAGGGGACCAAGCACCGGGGACAGGGACAGGCUCACCAUGCAGUCAUUGAUGGCUCCUCCAAGAGCAGCACGCUAGGUGAGCUCGCCCUGGAUGUGAUGGACUCUUGUGGUGGACCCCGCAGUCCUGGCAGUGGGGCAGGCCGACCCUCCCCCGGCGUGGCCUCCUCGCCCAAGAAGAGUGGCUCUUCUGGCAGUGCCAUCAUGAACGCGUCUUCGUCUUCCACCGGCACGCUUGUGUCUUCUGUUGCCAGCGUGACAUCAGGCUCCUCCAAGAGUCACCAUCGGGGUGAGGAAGGCUGGAAGGAAGUGGUACGGCGUUCUAAGAAGGUGACGGUGCCCUCGACGGCUAUCAGCCGGGUGAUCGGGCGCUGCGGUUGCAACAUUAACGCUAUCCGCGAGGCUUCGGGAGCCCACAUUGAAGUUGAGAAGCACAAGGGCCAGGGAGAGCGUACCAUUUUGAUCCGAGGCUCAGCAGAGGCGACCAAGCAGGCGCAGCUCCUGAUCCAGGGCCUGGUCCAGGAGCCCGACAGGGACCUCUCGGACAUAAUGGCCCAGCAUGGUGUUGCAGCUCCAACCUCUGCAAAGGCAUCGACAUCUUCCUCGGACCAUCGAGCCUCCUCCUCUUCUUCCGCCAACCACACCGGCUCUUCUUCUGUGCUAGUCUCUGGCAGUGGUGGUAACAGUAGUAACAAGCUCAGUCGGCAGGGCAGUUCAGCCAAGGUGGUGGGUGUGAAGGCUGCGUCAGCACCUGCACCCUCUCUGCCACCAUUUGGCCAAACACGUCCUGCCCCACGACCUGGGAUACCUACACUCUCGGGUGGAGGCAGCAGCAGUAGCAGCUCUGCAUCAGUGACGUCGUCAACGGCGCCUCCAUUUACCUCGGGCUCUUCUGGCUGGGGCACGCUUGCAUCGUGCUCCGCCUCUGCAAAGCCUGCUUCGACUGCGCCGACAACUGUUACCACUGCAUCUGCUGUAGUCACGGCAAUUUCAUCUAUGUCGUCCACUUCAGCUGCCGUGAAUGGGACAGCUACGUCGGCGUCAUACACCCAAGCUGUUAUUUCGCCCGCCAAGAGCUCAAGCCGUGCAGCUUCUGCCGAUCCACGACCUAGUUCAUCGCCCAGCUCGGGUGGUGGCAGCCCUUCACCAACACUGGGCAGCACUGGCCAUGUGGCAGCAUCGUCAACGGCUGUUACUGUAAGCAGUACCUCUGCAGCCCUUUCUGUGCCAGCUAGUACCUCCUCAACCAACACUGCGCCAGCUAUCAGCAUUCCGCAGACCUUCUCACCCUUCAACAAUGUGUUCAGCAAGGAGACACAGCCGAGUGUCUGGGGCCAGCGGGAAUCCUCCAAGCCUAACUUUGCCUCUGUGGCUGCUUCCGGUGUGUGUGGUGUCCCUAGCUCCAGUGGCGGCAGUGUAGGAAGUGCACCAGCACCGCCUGAACCUCUUGUGGAUGCAGCCAAGGCUCCAGGCUACCGAGGCAACCUGCACGUAUCGCCACCCAACUUUGGCCCUAUCGGCAGUGGAAUGCGGAGUGCUCCAUGCACACCUCCCAGCAGUGGAGGGGCACCACCCUCACCACCUUCCCAGUCACAAGCGCCACCCCAGCCACCAACGCAGGCACAAGAAUUUUAUGAGAGUGCCUCUGCACCAGCAGCGGCAGUGCCACAGGCAGUGCAAGCUUCCCCACAACCACCAUCCUCGCGCAUGGUGUUCGGUCCACCUCACUAUGCGUCAACGGCGCCUGAGCUGGCACCACCACCUCAACAGCAGCAACCGCAACAACAGCCACAACAUCAGCAGCAGCAGCAACAGCAGCAGCAGCAACAACAAC